AAUGUUAUCAGACAGAUGACAGCUUGUGCGUGCAAUACAAGCACACUGAAUCGAGAACGCAUCGAUUAAACAAGGAGUCUGUUUGAUCCAGGAAAUCAACAUGCAGGAGCAAGAAAGGGCGCAGCAGAAAAUAGUCGUUGCAUUUGAUUUUGGCACUACAUACAGUGGGUAUGCAUUUUCACACAGCAAUAACCCAUUCAAAGUGGGUACUUUUUUGUGGAAGUCAGGUCAAGAAAGUCUUGUAACACAGAAAACCCCAACUUCCAUUUUACUGAAUCCGGAGGGCAGUUUCCAUUCUUUUGGGUUUGAAGCCGAAGACAAAUUUGCUAAUUUAUCCAAAGCUGAAGAACAUGGAGAUUGGAGACUUUUCAGACAGUUUAAAAUGAUGCUUUUAAGCGAGGGGCAACUAAAGAGGUCUACUACAAUAGCUGAUGUUUCCAAGAAGAAGGAACAUGAAAUGCCGGCCAUUGAGAUAUUCGCAAUGUCGAUACAGUACCUGAAAGACCAUUUCCUUGAACAAAUAAAGAGCCAGGGUUUGGACGAGACCAGUUUUAUUGUGCAGUAUGUCCUUACUGUGCCGGCAAUCUGGGGUGAUAAAGCUAAAGCCUUUAUGAGGGAAGCUGCAAUGAAGGCUGGGAUCGAUUCAGAUAGUUUGACCCUUGCAUUAGAACCAGAAGUGGCUUCGAUCUGGUGUAAGUCUCGUGAGUCUGGCAGUCAAUACGCACACAGUCAAGAAGCAAAGAUAUCGCUCUCUGGUGAAGGCACGCGUUACAUGGUCGUUGAUCUUGGAGGUGGUACUGCAGACAUAUGUAUCCAUGAAAUCAAUAAAGACGGUCUGAAGCAAAUAGGAAAGGCCAGCGGUGGGCCGUGGGGAGGAACGAACGUUGAUAGAAGACUUCUAAAGUUCUUCAAACGUCUUGUUGGAACGCAAGCUCUGGAGGCUUUAAAAGAUGAAGGGAUGAAUGAUUACUUUGAUCUCCUUAGAUGUUUUGAGGCAAGCAAAAGAGAAUUCGAUGGAGAAGCAAACAAGAAAAUGUCGUUCAAGGUGCCAGGGUUGCUCCAGGAGUUAUGCGAAAGGUUUAAUGGGAAGACCUUAAGCGACAGGGUGCAAGAGUUAUUUAAUGCUGACAAGGUUGAAUUUAAACGUGACAAAAUGAGAAUCCAUUCCAGUGAAGUAGCAAAAUGGUUCGAUGCUCCGAUUUCAAGUCUUGUCAAGCAUAUACGAGGAAUUUUUGAGGACAGACAAAUUGGAAUUAUACACACGAUUGUGUUGGUUGGAGGGUUUAGUGAAAGUCCGUUCGUUCAAAACAAAAUAAAGAGAGCAUUUUCAAACCGACGCGUGAUCGUCCCUUAUGAGGCUAGUCUAGCUGUUCUAAAGGGGGCCGUGAUUUUUGGACACAAUCCAGAUGCAGUAACAUCCAGAGUUCUGAAGUACACAUAUGGCAUAUCUGUUGAUCUCCCGUUUGAUGAAGAAAAACACAGCGAAGAAUCGAAGUUCUUUAAACGUACUUUCAAUGCUUGGAGAGCGAAGGAUUGUUUCAAACCUUUUGUUAGGGUCAACGAUGAGGUCAAGUACGCUGAUAGAAUUUUGCACAAAUUUGCCCAGAGAGAUUGCUUGUCCUCUUGUGUUCGGAUUUAUCGAUCCACGGAACACUCACCAGUCUAUGUGACCGAUCCGGGGUGUGAAUAUAUUGGAAAGGUGGAAAUUGAACAUUCAAUCGAGUACGUCACAAUUGAAGUGACGUUGAUGUUUGGUACCACGGAACUCAUGGUGAAAGCACGAUUAAAGGAAUCGGGUCGCGAAAGGAUUGCAGUUCUUCAGUGCCUGGAACAGUGAAAUUACAAACACACACAUGCAAACGCACGCUCGCACGCACGCACACACACACACACACACACACACACACACACACUGUUCAAGCAUGUUGUGUCAACAUAUUGUGUAAGCCCUCCCAUGCGGGGUGUAUAUUCGAAAGAUAAACGCAUAAGGAACCAAACUUAACUGUGCAGGGGCAAUAACCCCAAUGUUUAAUGUUAACGAUAGUUUGAUAGUUGUUAAGUGUAGUUGUCUUGUACCAUGGUAACGUUUUGUCACUAGUUUGGUGUUUGGUUGUAUUUUUUUUUUAAUCCUUUAGCAAAAUAUUGGUUAAGGCUACUUUUGAUUUAUUAUUGAUUUUGCGGAAAUGUCCUUUUGAACUAUAUCAAUGUUAAACUCUAUAUCUUAUUAUAGAAAGUAUUACGUUAUUAGCAUGUUAUGUUGAACCAUUGAUUGAGAGACGAUGCCUUUCAAAAUAAACACAUUGUAGUUUAUCUUUUUAAACAAACUUAUUGAGGCCAGAUACAUGGACUUAACUAUGUCUUCGCACAGUUUCAAACGUAUCCAUGCACUAUGUAUUUGUGAAACGUACUGCCCAAUUAAUUGCAAUAGAGUGCAUGCAAUCAAUAAUACAUACUUACAUUAUAUUCGUGUUAAGACCUAUCUAGUUUUCCUUCAUGAUGCACUACAGUAUUGGGGUUAAUCCGCGAUUGCUUUUUUUGCUUUGUAAUUUGGUGUUAUAUUGCUUACAUGUUUGCUUGAAGCCAGUCAUUUUUUUCGCGUUCUUUCUAACGGUCUUACCGGUGAAAACUCUAUUUGAAACUGGAACUGAAAUGCUGUGUGUCUAGAUGCCUAUGUAACGCCUCUGUUGAUAUGUCGUAAUGGUCUGAUAAGCCUAAAUGAAUGAAAAAAAUUGA